UAUAGAAUUUCUCAUAUUCAGUUCAUUAAAGUGAAAAAUUAAGCCAGACUUCUUAUUUUAUUUGCUCAGGUGUGAUUCGAAAAAGCAUUUGAACCGAGUUGACAGUUCGAUAAAGUGUCUGUUUUCUAACAUGUUCCUUCAACCUACAAAAUAAAAGCGUCCGGAAGUUAUUCAGUGAUCGUAAACACAUGGCUUCUAUUAGUCGUCUCUGAUGCUCAAUGAUGCCAAAACUGUUCGAUAUAAAGUUUCCCAGGGAUUCUAAGACUCUUCCUGAAGGCUUCUGGUCAGCAGUAGACGUGUGGAUAAAGAAACCUCAUGUUGUCAAUAAGCGUCUUUGCGGAGUUACAGAGACAGAGAGCAGAGAUGUUGACAGAGAGGACCUGAGGCUCUUGCUGGAUGAUCCUGAACGCUUUCAAGAUGUGCUAUUUUUCCUGACAAGCGAGGUUUCACCUGCACAGACACACGGACAGGACAAGCCGUGGUCCUCCAGCGUCAGGACAUUUAUCCCUAAAGUUAACUGUUAUGGGACAAACCUGCAGAAAGAAGUUAUUUUGAAAGACUAUGCCAGACAACAAGUGACCUUUCUUCCAUUUGACGAGGAUGCAAAAGGGAAGGCGUCUCUAAAGAAUGGCAACAUUUAUCAGAUUCAGCUUUGCAAUCAGGAUUGUGAGGAAUGGGCCUUGGAGCUGCAUGUGUUGACGUCCGAUGCAUGGUUCUCUGACGGUGUCGCCUACGCCAAGCUGCCCUGGCUGUCGUCUGACCUGCUGCCUAAACUGGUGCGCUGGGCCUCGGAGAGCAGGAGCAGUGAGUUCAGGAGCACCUUGUCUCUGCUGCCUGUGGACAAGUACAGUGUUAUGUACCAGGGGCUGAAGGAGAAGUACAAGGCCAUGGUCAAGGUUUGGCCUGAGGUUACAGAUCCUGAGAAGUUUGUGUAUGAGGAUGUUGCUAUCGCUACAUAUCUCCUGGUGCUGUGGGCUGAGGAGAGAUCAGAGAAGAAUCUGACAGCCAGACAGUCCUUUGUAGACCUCGGCUGUGGAAAUGGCCUCCUGGUUCACAUACUGACAAAUGAAGGGCACCCUGGAAAGGGCAUCGAUGUGCGGAGGAGGAAGAUCUGGGACAUGUACGGCCCCCAGACUCUGCUAGAAGAAAAGGCAAUUACUCCCAGUGAGAGCUUCUUAUUCCCGGGUACAGACUGGCUGAUUGGGAACCACUCGGACGAGCUCACACCAUGGAUCCCUGUUAUAGCAGCCAGGUCAUCUUACUCCUGUCGCUACUUUGUCCUCCCCUGCUGUUUCUUCGACUUCUACGGAAAAUACCAGAGACGCCAGUGUAAAAAGUCUCAGUACAAGGAAUACAUCGACUUCAUCGCUGAAGUCAGCCAAGUCUGUGGCUUCAACACUGAAGAAGACUGCUUGAGAAUACCGUCCACCAAACGGGUGUGUCUGGUAGGAAAGUCGAGAAACUAUGAGCUGUCUGACGAGGCCGAGUCAGAGCAACGAAGAGCUAAUCUCAUCCAGAGCCACCGGAUUUGUCCUCGGGUCACAGAUGAAAAGUCAGCCAUUGCAAAUGAUGGCGGUGGUUGCCAUGGAAAUGCAGAGGGUGACAGCACCUGGGGAGCCGGCUUUCAGCCCCGAGACAGGGUUCCUCUGGUUCGAAACUGCGCUGCUCUUCCGCGGGACUUUGUUGACAGUGUUGUCCUGCGGGUUGCUAAUGCUCUUCUGGGAAUGACUGUGGAUGACGGAGAAGGGUCCUGCAGUGACUGGAACAAAGGAGGCAGCCUUUCUGUGAGUGAGAUUGCUGGACUCUUGGAGCAGGAGACCCUGCAGCUCCUGAAGAGAGAGUGUGGAGGCCUUCAGACCCUCCUGAAGAACAACCACCAGGUCUUUAGAGUAGAGGGAGGGAGAGUCUUCAUAAGGGACUGGCGGGACGAGAAGUCUGCCAGAGUGAAUACCAAACGGAAACCUGUGGCUCCCGGUGCUCUGAAAACUCGUUUCUGCUGGUUUCAUGUGCACCAUCCUCAGGGUUGCCCCCUCCAGGCCGUAAACUGUGCCUUCGCUCAUGGACCAGAUGACCUUAGACCUUCAACCAGACCUCCGAAGAAGUUAAAGAACACUGUCCUUUGAUUAGAUCGUUUAUUUGAAUUUAUAUUGUUUUAUUAAUCUUCUAGAUUUUUACUUUACUAUUUUGAUCCACCUGUGGUUGAAACUGCCGUGAACGACUUCCAGCCCUUGCAGACUCAGAGAGGAAGAAGUCCAGGCCCAAGCGGCGUUUUAUUGCAGCAACAUUACGUAAUUUCUGGGAGUUGAGGUCUUGAAAUUUCCCAGUGUCCUCUUUCUUCUGUGUGAAUAAAUACACACUGGUGGAGCUUCACUCUUACUUUGUUUUUUUUUCUCUGUCUUUUUAAAAGUUUGCUUUUAAGAAGUUCAGAAAUUGUUUCCGGGUGAAUUAAGAGGAUUUAAAGCUACAUCUUUGUAUACAUUGACAACUUUCUCAACUUUCCCAUCACUCCAUAAAAACCUUAAAAGCU